GAGCUUAAAGUUAAGUUUAAUUAUAAAUAUAACUAUAAGAGAGCGCUAUAUAAGGAUCUAAAGCUUAUAGAGAAUACUAAAGCUAAGUAUAGUAUUUUAGAUAAAGACACCUGUAACUUUAAUAAAUCUAGCUUUAUAAUAGGCGUUAUAUCUACAGGAGCUGUUGUUACAGGCUCUAAGCAUUAA